AUGUACGAAUCGUGGUUCACAUAUCCGCUCACCAGACCCUAUCCUUUUCGAUGGUUUACGCCGGUCGUAAUAAUGGGGGGUGUUGUUCUCGCUAUACUCUUCUCAUUUGCCAAUAUAGCUUCGAAUGGACACUUUCUGAAACCCGUAUAUACCGAAAACCCGAAUGCCACUCUAGCUGCAGGUCUGCGGUGGUAUAUGAAACCUCCUUUCAACUGGGAUACAACGUUCAAGGCACAGUGCCAGCCCAGCAUCAUUUCCGUUGGUGAUAGGUUCUUUACUUCUUCCCUGGGGCUUCAGUAUGAAGUCCAAUCUGUUAUCAGGGAAAGUGACCAACUCACGCUCCCAUCUGUUGCGUACCUGAAUAAUCCACUUGAAGAUUGCUUUCUCCAGAGCUCGGCGCUCGAGCUCCAGAAAGUUGACAGCGCGAAGCAACCUUCUUGGUGGAUGUCUUGGACAGAAUCCAAAGCAUCAGCCCUGGCGUCCUGUAGGAUCAUAACAGAUCAAGGAGCUGUCAACCUCACGCUUGCAUUGCAGUUUGCUGGCGGCGAAGUGCCUGUUAUUAAUAAGAACUACACCACGCAUGCCAGCACAUGGUGGGGCCAGACGCUGAUCAGGAAUUACUUUUGGGGUGUUGUGCUCCUCAUGUCCCAGGUAGAGAUUCCUGAGAACGUUGGAGAUUACAUCUCGAUUGGACGAAUCAAUUAUAUAAGGAAUCAAUCAGAGCCGGAUAUCAAAUCCCGAAACUUUUUUAGCGACAAUCAUUGGUUUGUUUCAGAUGCUUCUUCUAUCAUCAACACCGAGCAAGAUAUUUUCAUACCAGUGAAGGACGAAGGGCGUCAUUAUACUAGGCUUCUACAGUCCCUAGCGUCGUUAGAUAUGGGGAACUGCCAGUCUCCCAACCUUCUUCUAGAUCAGGAGAAUCUAAAAUACGCGAUCGUUGAUUUGAACAGUACGAGUCGGGGGCCGGGUGGACUGCUCUACGACAAAGCCGAAGAUAUGCUUAAUCCCACUCGAGCGGUGGAGAUUGGCUAUCCCGACAACCCGGACGAACAAGUAUUUCUCAGCGAGGCAUAUGACAAGAUAUCUCCCAAAAUGGGAGGUCUUGAGUGCAGUAAUGCAACGAUUGUGAAACAAUACCUGUGCUCGGUCCCCCAACAAAAAGCUACCGGCACGAUGCUGGUAUCCAUCCUGUUGACAAACUUAGUCUUCCUACAAGCGGCAUGGAAGCUUCUAAACCUGAUCUCUGAAGGUAUCAUGUGGCAAACAGGAUCUCGUGUGGAUAUUUGUCAGGGCUGUAUAAACAGGGGCUAUCAGGAUGGCCUAGAACUACGCGGCAUGGCAAUGGCUGGGGAAAGAAGUGCAACAUCAGUUGAGGACGAGAGCUCGCAAAAUUUGUUGCAAGAUCAAGAGGGAGAGAAUACCAAGCCCAGCUCUAUAGUAUCUGUCGUAUAG